UUUGUUGGGAGGCGGGUAACCGUUUGAAUUAUUGACUGACAGGGACAAAUAUUUCAGUAUUUCUGGUUCGAGAACCCCGAGGAAACCCAAUAGCAUGCGUAUUCUGGAGGUUUCAGGCAACUUUUUUGUUUUUGUAAAUUCACGAUAAAACAUUUAAACUGAUGGACAGACUAAUAUUGUCAGCGAUCGCCAGGGCCAUGGCGAGUUAGCAAGGUAGCUAACUCGUUAGCAGCGGAACACGCUAGAUAGCUAGCCAGUUAGCAAACGUUUGCGGAGCGGUCCGGUGCGAUGAGAACUUAACCGCGAUUGAUCUUACCUCACCGCGGGUUGUAGAUCGCAGUCAAACUAGAGUUUUCACACCCGCAAACACGUAUCUUUGGAACUUUUUGGCUGACUGAUUCCCCAUACCAAGAUCUCGGAUAACUAUUUAAUGGAAAAAGGAAGUUGUCCGGACAUCGAGCCCAAGUCCCAAGUUCUGAAACAACUUUGCAGAAGUUUAUGAACCGUGAUAAAUCGGCCAAAUAACGGGUUUCAUGCGGGUCCAUGUGCUUAAUUUGUUGUCUACCUUAUCUGAAAGCUAACAAUAUAGCUAGCGUUCAGACCUUGCAGCGAUAACGCUCGUAGCAAGCAACCUUGCUGUCACAGACCUGCAGAAUAUUGCAAUCAAUCAGCAGCAAUGGAAGAAAAUGAUAACUUCGACUAUUUUUACCAGCAAAUUUUGCAGAAGGACGUGGCUCGGCGACUACAGGUUGGCCAAGAUCUCAUUGAAUUCCUCAACAAUCCGCAAAGAUCACCCGAUUUGGAACAAGACAAAUCCCGUCUAGAUAAAAUUAUCGACGAGCUAACGGGAUGGGUGAAUUCAAGCAAUUACAAGGUUGCGCUGCUCGGAAUAGACAUUGUUGGAGCAUUCGUGGACCGCUUGGCAGAGCGUUUCAGAGGCUACAUCGGAACGGUGGUGCCUGCUCUGAUCGACAGGCUGGGGGACUCUAAGGAGCAGGUGCGGGAGCAGUCUCAGGCCCUCAUUCUCAGGCUGAUGGAACAGACGGCCCCCGUCAUGUAUGUUUGGGAGCGGCUGCUCCCAGGAUUCAAACACAAGAACUUCCGGAGCAGAGAGGGGCUCUGCUUGUGCCUCGUCACUACCCUGAACAUGUAUGGAGCUCAGCCUCUAACCCUCAGCAAGAUUGUCCCAUACCUCUGCACACUGACAGGAGACUCUAACGGACAGGUUCGAGAAACCGCAACGUCCACGCUGGUGGAGGUGUACCGCUUCGUGGGGGAGAAAGUGAGAGCCAGCCUGAACAAGCAAGGGCUGCCUGCCGCCCGGUUGCAAGCGAUACUGGGCAAGUUUGAUGAAGUGCUGAACUCUGGAAACAUGGCUCUGAGCCUCAGCAAUGACAAAAGUUUUGAGGAUGACGAUUCUGUGGACGGGAGCCGGUCCUCCUCCGCCCAGCCGGCCUUCAAGGUCCCGGCCGCCAAGAAGCCCGCGAGCCAGAGCGCCUCCCGCAGGCCGAGCGCCGCCGCCACCAAGCCCGGAGGGCCCUCUAAGGAUGGAGCGGGGGGCAUCGAUGAGGAGGACUUUAUCAAGGCCUUCACGGACGUCCCCAGCGUGCAGAUCUACUCCUCUCGAGACCUGGAGGACAACCUCAACAAGAUCCGAGAGAUCCUGUCUGACGACAAGCACGACUGGGACCAGAGGACGGUUGCGCUGAAGAAGGUGCGGUCGCUAGUGGUUGCCGGGGCGACGGAGUACGACAGCUUCUACCAGCACCUGCGCCUGCUGGACGGUGCCUUCAAGCUGUCGGCCAAAGACCUGCGCUCCCAGGUGGUGCGAGAGGCCUGCAUCACUGUGGCCCAUCUCUCCACGGUCCUGGGCAACAAGUUUGACCACGGGGCCGAGUCCAUAGUUCCCAUCCUCUUCAACCUCAUCCCAAACUGCGCCAAGGUGAUGGCCAUGUCAGGCGUGUCUGCCAUACGCUUCAUCAUUCGGCACACCCAUGUUCCCCGGCUCAUCCCUCUGAUAACCAGUAACUGCACGUCCAAAUCCGUCGCUGUGAGAAGGCGCUGUUACGACUUCCUGGACCUGCUGCUGCAGGAGUGGCAGACUCAUUCGCUGGAGAGACACACAGCGGUCCUGGUGGAGAGCAUAAAGAAGGGAAUCAAGGACGCAGACGCUGAGGCCAGAGUGGAGGCCCGAAAGGCGUACUGGGGCCUGCGGAACCGCUUCCCCGCCGAGGCGGACAACCUGUACAGCUCGCUGGAGUCCUCGUACCAGCGCAACCUGCAGUCCUGUCUGCGUGGCUCCGGCAGUGUGGCCUCGCUCCCCCAGUCCGACCGCUCCUCAUCCUCCUCCCAGGAGAGCCUCAAUCGCCCUCUGUCCAAGUGGUCUGCGACUCCAGGGAGAGUUCCCGUGGGCGCCAAGACGAGCGGGUCUCCCGGCUCCCUGCAGCGCUCCCGCAGCGAUGUGGACGUCAACGCCGCCGCCGGGGCCAAGGCCCGACACGGCGGGCAGGCAGGGGGCACUAGCCGCCUCACUGCCUCGGGCCUGCCCCCGGGCUCCUACGCCUCCCUGGGUCGGCUGCGCACCAAGCAGACUCUCUCCACAGCUUCAGGAACACCAGCCAGCAGUCAGGUGGACUCCAGGAGUCGCAGUCGAACUAAAAUGGUCUCCCAGUCCCAGCGUUCUGAAGAUUCAGAUUGCCCGGCAGCGGGCAGCAGGUCCGGGUCCCCCGGCCGGGUCCUGGCCAGCACGGCUCUCAGUACUGUGAACUCCGGGGCCCAGCGGGUGCUGGCCACGCCCGGCUCCCAGAGGCGCAGCCGAAUCCCACGCAGUCAGGGCUGCAGCCGAGACUCCAGCCCCACCCGGCUCUCCGUAGCUCCUUCAAACCACAGUCAGAUGUACAGUGAGAGGAGUAGUCGAGCGCGUGGUAGCCGAAUCCCUCGGCCUAGCAUGAGUCAGGGCUGCAGCCGGGACGCUAGCCGUGAGAGCAGCAGGGACACCAGCCCUGUCCGCUCUUUUCAGCCCCUGGCAUCCCGACAUUACUCCAGGUCCACCGGGGCCCUCCACACCCAGGAUGUGUUUGGGGCUGCAGGCUCUGGUUUGGGAAUGGGUCAGUCAGUCAGCGCCAUGCGAGUCCUGAACACUGGCUCUGAUGUAGAGGAAGCUCUGGCUGACGCUCUGCUGUUGGGAGACAUGAGGAAUAAGAAGAAGCCGGCCCGGCGGAGGUACGACGCGUACGGGAUGUACUCGGACGACGAGGCCAACAGCGACGCCUCCAGCGCCUGCUCCGAGCGCUCGUACAGCUCCCGCAACGGCAGCAUCCCCACCUACAUGCGCCAGACCGAGGACGUGGCCGAGGUGCUCAACCGCUGCGCCAGCGCCAACUGGUCCGAGAGGAAGGAGGGCCUCAUGGGCCUGCAGAGCCUGCUGAAGGGCCAGAGGACCCUCAGCCGCGUGGAGCUAAAGAGACUAUGUGAGAUCUUCACCAGGAUGUUCGCUGACCCCCACAGCAAGCGAGACGUGCGAGGUGAUCUCACAAGCAGGUGCUACGGCACGGCAGAAUCCGGUAUAAGCUCAGCCUCGUUUAAGGUGUUCAGCAUGUUCCUGGAGACCCUGGUGGACUUCAUCCACGUGCAUAAGGAGGACCUGCAGGACUGGCUCUUCGUCCUGCUCACCCAGCUCCUGAAGAAGAUGGGAGCUGACCUGCUCGGCUCCGUCCAGUCCAAGGUCCAGAGAGCGCUGGACGUCACCAGGGAGUCCUUCCCUAAUGACUUGCAGUUUGCCAUUCUGAUGAGGUUCACGGUCGACCAGACCCAGACGCCCAACCUGAAGGUGAAGGCGGCCAUCUUGAAGUACAUUGAGACGCUGACCAUGCAGAUGGAGCCCCCGGACUUUGUCAAUUCCAGCGAGACUCUUCUGGCCAUCUCUCGCAUCAUCACCUGGACCACGGAGUCCAAGAGUCCUGACGUCAGGAAGGCAGCGCAGUCGGUCCUGAUCUCGCUCUUCCAGCUCAACACCCCAGAGUUCACCAUGCUGCUGGGCUCGCUACCCAAGGCCUUCCAGGACCAAGCCACCAAACUCCUGCAGAACCACCUGCGCAACACCGGCAACACCGCACAGGCGUCCAUGGGCAGCCCCCUCACAUCCCGACACACCCCCCGCUCCCCAGCCAGCUGGUCCAGCCCACUCACCUCACCCACCAACACCUCCCAGAACACACCCUCACCAAGUGCAUUCGACUACGACACGGAGAACAUGAACUCGGACGACAUCUACAGCUCCCUGCGGGGCGUGACGGAGGCCAUCCAGAACUUCAGCGUGCGUAGCCAGGAGGACAUGAACGAGCCCGCCCGCCGGGACUGCAAGAGGGACGGGGACGGAGACGCCGGUGGGUUUGGGAUCAGUAGUAUGGACACCCUGGACUCGGGCCGCACAGCGCUGGACAAUAAGACGUCUCUGCUCAACACCCUGCCUCUGAAACACUCCAGCCCGCGCGUGCCCCGCGACUACAACCCCAUCAACUACUCCGACGAGUCUCUGCUGAAGGACAGCUCGCUAGCACUGUACAGCAGCUUGGACCAAUCGGAGAUGGUGGCAGAGAUCCUGAAGGAUCUGUCCAAUCACGAGGAGCGAGUGGAGGAGAGGAAGGCGGCGCUGAGCGAGUUGAUGAAGCUGAUUCGGGAUAAGCAGCUGCUGGUGUGGGACGAGCACUUCAAAACCAUCCUGCUGCUCCUGCUGGAGACCCUGGGGGACCGCGAGCAUGUGAUCAAGGCUCUGGCCUUGAGGGUGCUUAAAGAGAUCCUGAACUGCCAGCCCUCGCGCUUCAAGAACUACGCAGAGCUCACCAUCAUGAAGGUCCUGGAGGCCCACAAAGACUCUCACAAGGAGGUGGUUCGCGCGGCGGAGGAGACAGCGGCCAUGUUGGCCGCCUCCAUUGGGCCGGACCAGUGCAUCAAGGUCCUGUGUCCCAUCAUCCAGACAGCCGAGUACCCCAUGAACCUGGCUGCCAUCAAGAUGCAGACCAAAGUAAUCGAGCGCAUCCCCAGAGAACCCAUGAGCCAGCUGCUCCACGAGAUCGUCCCCGGGCUCAUCCAGGGGUACGACAACUUGGAGAGCAGUGUGCGGAAGGCCUCUGUGUUCUGCCUUGUGUCCGUGUACACCGUCGUCGGAGAUGAGCUGAAGCCAUACCUCAGCCAGCUGUCCGGCAGCAAGCUGAAGCUGUUAAAUCUGUACAUCAAGCGGGCUCAGUCGGGCCCUGGUGGGAACGAGCCCACAGACCUCUAGAGCCGGGGCACAGCAACAUGGAUGGACAUCGCCUCCUGCUGGCCAGUCAGAGGAUGACUGAGACUCUCCAGGGGAAGCCCAGUCAGACGUUACACACUGUGGCCCACACACGCACACACACACUCACACACAUAAACACACACCCAUACUUUCCACAUGCAGGACACCCUCUCCUGGUCUCCAACCUGCAUGCUACCUGCUACACUUGGCUCUGGAACUUUCCAUGUGCAGCUCAGCAGUGUUAUUCCUCACUCAGAGACACGGUGCUUCUUCAGCAGAGACGGGAUUCCAGUCUCGGCCUGUCUCCCACAAUCCUACCAGUAUUACUGAUCUCAUCUUAUUUCUGCUUCUGAAAAGAUUAUGAUUAGGAAGUCAAUCAACUGCUUUGAACAGGGGUGGAGAAAGAUGCUUCUGUCCGGUGAUAUUUUUGGUUCUUAUGCAGUUUGUUUUUACUUCACUUCCAAUAUUAUACCAUUAAAAGAGCAGGUUUUUGUUCCUGGUAAUGCUUCAGAUGGGCUGAGAAAGGGGGAAGGUUUCAUUCUGUAAAGGUGACCUCAGAAGUGUAGCUAGAUCCAGGAUCACACAUCAAAUAUUAAUCCUUUCACAUGCUAAUGAAACAUGUUUGCUGCCAUGGCAACGGUACUCCUUCAAACAUGAAGCCUUCGCCAGACAGAAACGAAGCCUUUUUACUCCAGCAUCUCUUUUGUGGCUGCAUAGCCAUGUUUGAGAACUAUUCUAUGAAAUAUUUUAUGGGGCUGAAACAAAGCCUUCGUUUUAGGUUUUACGGGGAAAAGUGAGAGUCCUUCAGCUCGCUGUGGUUUUUAUUCUGCGACGUGUGUGAGUUUCUGGAGUGGAUGGCCUGAGUUACUGCAGCAGUAAGCGGGCUUGUGCGCCUUGCAGGAAGCUGAACGUUUCGCUGCGGCUACGUGGCACGAUCGCUUCAAUCGGCGCUCCGUCCAAAAAUGCUAAACGUGUACAAGCAGGACUGUGUGCAGUUUGAGCUGCUACGUCACCAGCAAGUUCAGGGAGUGCGGAACCACGUCAGCAAGAAGUCCCCUUCUCUCCACUUUCAUUCUCCAUCAUCUUCCCCUCUUCACGACAAGACCAGCCUGCCUGUGUGGGAUGCUUUCCCUCCCGUGUACACCUCUAGAUCCAGGUAAACGGGCUCUCCCCACGCUCUAAAGCCUCGGUGGGGGUGGUGUGCCCUACAGUUUCACCACACUUCUAGUGUGAGCCCUUUUGGUAAAAAUAUCUAAAAACAUAACCGCAGCCCUGGCACUGUGUUCGUGUUUCACUGUGCCGUCUGAGGUGCAAGGUGAGGUCCGAGUGGGGUCAUGACCUUCUAGGUGGUGCCAAUGUAGCACAAGUACGGUACAUUUUGUAAAGUUUCCCUUUUAGCCUGAACAGCCUUACUGCUGUUAACAACUCCACCGGACAGGCAGGGAAACAUUGCUUCACCGAUCACAAUGUUUCAUACAGUUUCCCUGUCCAAUCUCAUAUGUGAUGCACUUGGGAAUAUCCCUGUAACCAUGGUUAUCCUAUGAUGUCAUUAGGCACAGCGACAGAUGAGCAAAGUCCUGUUUUGGGAUGCCUGCUCAGGUCACAUAUUGUAUCCACAAAACUUAUCCCUUGCGUUUGCACACACACACACACACACACACACACACACACACACACACACACACACACACACACACAAACACACAUACACACACACACACACCCCAUCUCUCUCUUGUCUAUUUUGUCUGUCAAAUCUCUGUCAGCAACACCUUCCCAACACCAUUUGCUUUACCGGGAGUUCAGUCAGAUACUGAAAAGAUUUUAAUGAGUGGCCAGAUGGCUAGUGGCUGAAUUAAUCCUAUUUUCUGUUGUUGCAAAAUUAGUCAUUUUUCUUCCAUGGAAAAUUUGUAGAAAUGUAUUUACAGACUUGAAUGGCAAAAUGGUGUCAACGUCACCCUUUUUCCUCUUUAACAGAUGUUUUUUUUCUCUCCUUUUGUUUUGUUGCUUGUGAGUGUAACAUUCUAGUUUUCACUUCUGGUUUCUUUGUGUAUUUAUAUACCCGUGCAUAGUUGUGGAUAUACCGGAAAUAAAAUUGUACAGAACCUUGACAA